GGAGCGUGUGGUCCUGGCUUCGCCUCACCUCUGGAUGCCAUGAAAGGUCCCCGGGAGGAGAUUGUGUAUGUGCCCUGCAUCUACAGGAACACAGGGAGGAAGAAACCUGACUUUCUGGCCACUGUGGAUGUCAACCCCCAAUCUCCACACUACUGUGAGGUGAUCCACCGCCUGCCCAUGCCCAACGUGGGGGACGAGCUGCACCACUCGGGGUGGAAUACCUGCAGCAGCUGCUUCGGGGAUGCCACCAAGAAGCGCAACCGCCUCAUCCUCCCCAGCUUCAUCUCCUCCCGCAUCUACGUGGUGGACGUGGGAACCGACCCACGAGCUCCCAGGCUUUUCAAGGUUGUCAACCCAGAGGACGUGUUCUGGAAGUGCAGCCUGGGCUACCCCCACACCUCCCACUGCCUGGGCAGUGGUGAAAUCAUGAUCAGCACCCUGGGAGACCCGGCCGGCAGCGGGAAAGGUGGCUUUAUUCUGCUGGAUGGAGAGACCUUUGAGAUCAAGGGGAACUGGGAGAAAGGGGACAAGAUCCCUGCAAUGGGUUAUGACUUCUGGUACCAGCCACGCCAUAAUGUCCUGAUCAGCACUGAAUGGGGAAUCCCAAAAUGCCUGGGAUAUGGAUUUGACCCAACUGAUCUGAAGAAAGGGCGCUACGGACGCCACCUCAACGUGUGGGACUGGACCACUCGCACCUACAUCCAGGCCAUUGACGUGGGUGAGGACGCGGCGCCCCUGGAGAUCCGCUUCCUGCACAACCCCGACGCCGCCGAGGGCUACGUGGGCUGCACCAUCAGCAGCGCCAUCCACCGCUUCUACAAGACCAAGCACGGAGACUGGGCGGCCGAGAAGGUGAUCCAAGUCCCCAGCAAAAAGGUGGAGGGAUGGCUCCUCCCGGACAUGCCAGGCUUCAUCACCGACAUCCUCAUCUCGCUGGACGACAGGUUCCUGUAUUUCAGCAACUGGCUGCACGGGGACAUGCACCGGGCGGCGUGGGAAAUCCGCCAGUACGACAUCUCCAACACCCGCGAGCCCAAGCUGGUGGGGCAGGUCUUUGUGGGUGGCAGCAUCACCAAGGGAGGACCCGUGACCGUGUGCAGGGAUGAAGAGCUGCAGAGCCAGCCAGACCCGUUUGUCAUCCAGGGGAAGAGGGUGCCGGGGGGACCCCAAAUGAUCCAGCUCAGCUUGGAUGGGCAGAGGCUGUAUGUCACCACGUCCCUCUACAGCGCCUGGGACAGGCAGUUCUACCCCAACCUCAUUGAGGACGGCUCCGUCAUGCUGCAGCUGGACGUGGACACAGAGCGCGGCGGCCUGACGGUCAACCAGAGCUUCCUGGUGGAUUUUGGGAGGGAGCCCGACGGGCCCUGCCUGGCGCACGAGAUCCGAUACCCCGGAGGGGACUGCACCUCCGAUAUCUGGGUCUAG